UGUCAUAAUAUUUAGAUAUCGGUAUUACUGUAUUAUGUUCUUAUCUGAGGAAUAUACACCUUUGAAUGUGCCGAUUGUUGUAAGCGCUGUGCGUUGGGAGGAAGCAAGUCAUGGCUUCGUUCCAAGUGGUGCAAUUUGCGGAGGAAAAUCCUUCAAUGGUGAACUCAUAUACAUUGGUAGAACAAGGUUACAAGAAAAUCGCAAUGAACUCACACCAGGAGUGCUGAUCCCAAGCGAAAAGCAACUUGUCAUCCCAUUUGGAACGGGCGUACGAAAGGCAGAUGAAUAUGAAGUCCUGGUAACAAGUGACCCACGAUAUGUUCAUUGGGUUCCAUGCAAUGCUGGCGAGGUUCCCAUAAAUGCAGUUAUUGGUGGUAUUGAUUGUUCGUAUCUUGAGCCUCUUUAUAUCGGAAGGACAAGGGGAAAUUUAACCUAUGGUAGAACAUGGCGGGGUCAAAGAUUUCCUGGUGAUUCUGAGGUUCUUCAAUCAAAUCAGCCUGAUUAUUCAGAUUCGACUUCCGAUGAGUGCAGCAGUGGAAAUAUAUCUCAGUCAAAAGGGGAAGAAUCUAUGAGUCUUUCAUUGACUAACAGACAUCAAUCAAUGAGUGACUGUUUAGUGAAAAGCAAUGAAUCUGAUGAUGGUACAAAUAAGAUGAUUGUUAGCUUUCCAGGAAAGAUUCAUCGAACUCACAAGUGUCUUUAUAUUCCAUACAAUGACAAGGAAUACUUAUUCAGAGAAUAUGAUGUGUUGACAUUAACGACAACUCCAGCAUCUUUAGGUGUCAUGUGCAAAUGUACUAUACGAGAUCACCUUCUGAUGACUAUGUUGGAGCCAAAUACCCCGAAAAUGGGAACAAGGCGAAGCAGCUCGAUGCUCAUGGCUGAUACUGAAGACUAUGUUGGUGUAGAAAAGAAACUGGCUCAAAAAAUAGACCUUCUACCCCUGCCAGUUAAACUUAAAAAAUUUUGCAAGCAAGGAAUAGAUUAGCAAUAAAGUAGUAAUUUAGCAUCCGGCAUCCGGCCUAUCGUAAGUGCAUGGAUUGAUGGCACAAUUUUUUUUUUAAAUAUGGUUAUUGCGAUUCAAAUUAUUGUGAUGUAAUGAUAAAGAAAUAUAAGUUUAUAAUCUUAACAAAAGGUCUUUUUAUGUAAGGUAACGAAAAAUGUUAUUGAUGACGAGUGAAGUUUUUUGUUUGUUUGUGUAUGCUAUUCAACUCUGUAUAUAAUGUAUAUAUACUAAUUAAAGUGUACAUCUGCUCUUAGUGAAUCAAAAUCCGUUUCAAUUUAAAGUUUCAUGACACUGUAUAACCAUAGAUCUGCUGUUCAUGUUUCAAGUAAUGUACAUAUGUUGUCAUUUUUUUUUAUAUAUAAGUGUGAAAUAUAUUUAUGCUGCAUCUUGCCUCGUUUUCAGCAAUGGAGAAUCAUAAAAAUAUUUGCAUAAGAAUUAAAUCAAUAACUGCACUUUCUGCUUGGCUAUAUAUAUAUAUAUCAUCCGGGUGUCUCUGGUAAUAUGUACAUGCUGACAGUGCUAACUUUAUAGUCAAUGUCCAUUUCGUUAUAUCAGAGCAUGUAGCUAGCCAUUAACCAUCAUAGCUAUGUAAUUAAUGAAAGGUCGGCGAGCAGUUAAGCUUCUUUAAAUGUAACAGCUGGCACGGCCGACUGUGCGAAUUGGAGACGUUCUUUCAUGGGGCGUAAUGAGCAUCUGUUGUCGAACCUUUCAGAAUUUUAUAUUAACCGAGGGAAGGGGAAUAUUUUCAGUAUUAAUCAUUGCUAUAUUUUUACGAUGAAAUAGUGUCUUUAAAAUUAUUCUACAUGUCUUAUGUUUUAAUAUUUGCAACUGAACAUUUGUGCUACAUACGUUAUUAAAUAGUAAAACUGAAUAUGCGGCACAAAGUUUGUUACCUUAAUUACGUAACUGGAAAUGAAUAAAAAAUUUUGAUAAUCGCCAUAA